UGUAAAUUAAGUGCAGUUAAGUGGACCGCAGACAGUGUCGAGUGUGUUUCAAUAAAUGCAGCGUGGAUUGUUGUAUAUUAUAAACUGCAGAUUGUUCCUUUCGCAGAUGUUUCAAGAUUACAUAAAAAUUUUUAUCCACUUGGCCAAUCCCCUGCUUGUACACUUUGAAUUUAUAUUCAACAUAAUACAUUAUACCGUGAUUGUGAGAUUGUAUUUUAAUCAUAAAAGAACACUUUUUAUAAUUAUAGCAUAAAAGAAAGUUUUUUGUCCACUUGGCCGAUCCCCUUGUACACCUUUUAUUUAACAUUUAUAUACCCGUGUGAUAAUGAGGUUGGAUUUUGAUUGUGAGGUUGGAUUUUGAUAACAAAAGAACAUUUUUUAUAAUCAGCAUAAAAGCAAACAAAUAUGGAGGAUAGCAAGAAAAGAAUGAUAAAAAAAUAGAUAUUAUAGAAAAUCAAGUAUAAGUGGACGAGUAAUUAAAACGCCGAAGAAUAUAAUGACUACAUCUUCGGAUGAAGAACGUAGAAAGCAGAAAAAAAAGAACAGCCAGCAAUAUUCAAUGCAAACGGAGUUAAACAAACUUGGAGUACUGGUACAAAAUAUGUCAAAAAAUGACACCUUUAUUCCUAAUACCGAUGCAACUAACACAAGCAAAUCAAUUGAUACAACUUUAAAUUCAACUGUGAAAGAUCACAAGAAGGAAAUUCAAACGUUGUUCCCGAACCAAAGAAGCACAUAGGUGAUUACAGUCGAUCUAUUGAUAAUUUUAUAAAGGAAAUAUCGGAAAAUAUGCAUUCUAUUCGUAAUCACGCGCUUGAUGCAACUCGCCAACCAAAGAAGCACACAGAUGAUAACAGUCAGCCUAUUGAUGGAUUUUUAAAGGAAAUAUCGGAAAAUAUGCAUUCUAUUCGUAAUCACGCGCUUGAUGCAACUCGCCAACCAAAGAAGCACACAGAUGAUAACAGUCAGCCUAUUGAUGGAUUUUUAAAGGAAAUAUCGGAAAAUAUGCAUUCUAUUCGUAAUCACGCGCUUGAUGCAACUCGCCAACCAAAGAAGCACACAGAUGAUAACAGUCAGCCUAUUGAUGGAUUUUUAAAGGAAAUAUCGGAAAAUAUGCAUUCUAUUCGUAAUCACGCACUUGAUGCAACAAACAUGCAAGAGACUUGCACAUACAAUAAUAAUCGAGUCAUUGAAGAUAAAUUAAUGGCGCUACAAGACGACGUUAAAUCUUUAAUUGAGGGCCAGGUUAUUAUAAAAGAAAUGAUCCAAAAGAUUAUGGAUAGUGACGCUUAUAACGUUGACGUUAAUUUAAGAAAUACAUUUUAUGAGGGCUUGGAGGGUUUUCCACUGAAUACCAUUGAAGAAUUCAAAGAGCUAGAAAGCGAUGCCAAAAAAGAUGUUCGAAGGAAGCUAUACAAUCACUUGCGAAGAUUAGGAGGAUCUAAAUUUCGAGAAUUUCUGUAUAAUUCAAUAAAAGAAAUCAUGACCGACAGUUUGGUCUCAAAAUUUACAUGGCCCGGUAGUAGCAAAUCAGAGAAAUUUGGAAACACAAAAACAAUGAAUAUUAUAUAUCUAGCAGCACAGAAAUGCACUUUGUUUCAUGGCCCACAGGACAAGGCUUCUUGUAAAGUUGAAGUACAGGAAGUUUUUCGGGCCAUAAAACAGAGGUAUCGAAAAAAUUUAAAAAAAAACCAGCCGCUUCCUCAUCAAGAGCAGCUCAACCAAGAGGACGAAGUGGGUGAAGAUUCAUCAGACUUCCAGAGCGAAUAUGAAAUGACUGAUAAUGAUGAAUUACAGCUAUAACUUUGUUUAUAGUAUAUAAGUUAUAGUAUAUAAGUUUUAUAGUAUAUAAGUUUUAUUUUAUAGUAUAUAACUUUUUUUGUAGAACAUUUUAAUGUAAAAUAAAAUGAAUAAUUUGUU